AUGAGGCCGAUUACAGCAUUCACCGCGCUCUGUGGGUUUCUCCUGUCAAGCAGCAGCUUAGUAUGCGCCGAAUCCUCGGCGGGGACCCAUUCCUCCUUUCAGCCUCCCCAGACAUUCAAAAAUGUAAAUUUGGUCCGGAAUACCAACUUGGAGAAAGGUUAUGCUCGGGAGACUGUCAACGUGGUGGUGGAGAACGUGGAUAAAGAACCGCAGAGCACCUACUACUUAGCCUUCCCAUCGGAGGUAUUCGACAAGGUCGGAGGAUUGGAGGUGAGAGACAGAAAGGCGCCGGAGAAGGGGCCUUUCGAUGUAGAUGUAUUGUCUGUCGAUUCGCCCAGUGACACCAAAUACUUUGCCAUUGACCUUCCCGAACCUCUUGCGCCCAAGUCGCAGGUUACUUUAGGAAUUUCUUACUACCUCCUCUCCUCCCUGAGCCCGCGUCCUGCCGCUAUCAACCAGGCUGAUAAACAGUACCUCACUUACUCGUUUUCUGCCUAUAUCCACUCAGCCUACCCAACUGUGACCCAAAAGACGAAAUUGAAGCUUCCUAGCACCAAUGUUCCUGACUAUACCACUACCUCUGGCCUCAAGCCAGGCUCGGAUCCUGAGCGUCAAGGCACAACUUACACUUACGGCCCUUAUGACACGACCGAGGUUACCCCCGGUACUGCCUAUCCGAUUACCAUCCGUUAUGAGUUUACCAAGCCGGUAAUCACGGCCUCGCUGCUGGAAAGAGACUUGGAGGUGUCUCACUGGGGUGGAAACCUGGCAACAGAAGAGCGCUACUGGCUUCGCAACAACGGCUCUAACCUCGUGAAUCAAUUCUCGCGCGUUGAGUGGACACUCUCUAACUUCCAGCAACUGCCUUCUUCCGCCAUCCGUGAACUUAAGUAUCCGCUGAAACCCGGCUCGGUGGACCCCUACUUCAUUGAUGACAUCGGUAAUGUCUCCACCAGCCGCUAUCGUCCUGGCAAGCCUCCCAAGCGUGAUGCAUCAUUAGAACUUCGCCCCCGGUAUCCUGUGUUCGGUGGCUGGAACUACAGCUUCCGUAUUGGUUGGAACAACGAGCUCUCUACCUUCCUUCGCCGGGUCGCCGGUGCCGAUUCGUAUGUGCUCAAGGUUCCUUUCAUCGAGGGACCCAAGGUACCUGAAGGUGUUCAGUAUGAGAGGGUUGUUGUUCGUGUCAUUCUACCCGAGGGAGCCCGUAACGUCCGGUACGAGACGAUUAAGACUGCCUCCAACAAUGGUCUUCCCCCUGCCGAUCAGAUAAAGUCCCACGUGUCUCCCCACAAGACCUUCAUGGACACAUUGGGGCGUACCGCAUUGACCCUGACUGUAGAGAAUUUGUCCGAUGAGGCUCGUGAUUCUCAGUUGGUGGUUACCUAUGAUUAUUCCUUCUGGGAUGGAAUGCGCAAACCCGUGACCAUAACCACUGGAUUGCUGACUGUGUUCGCCGCCGUAUGGGCGAUUGGGAACAUUGACGUGAGCAUCAAGAAACGAUAG